AAUCGGGAGAGAACGACAGCGCAGCAGAACCGCAAUGGGAAGGCGGGUGAUUUUAUCAAAUUGAUCAUAAAUCGCUGACAAGAUGUCCGACGCGAGUAGAAAACCCCAAUCGAUACGCAUCUGUACUUAUUGACGUGGACACGAUACACACAGAGCCUGCAGAACAACCAAAAGUAAAUACUUUUCCCAAGGGGACGAAGUUUGUUGUGUCGAAGGAAAUAUAAUAGCCCGGUAAAGCAGGGAGAGACUGCGGAAAACUGCCAGAGCGGGGGGACAGUCAGAAUACAAACCCACCCACCCAGUCAGCCAUGGAAGAGUUUGGGUCAGCGUUGGAGAAGAAUGUGGCCGAUUUAACGGUUAUGGACGUGUAUGACAUAGCCGCGGUGGUGGGCCAGGAGUUUGAGCGGAUCAUUGAUCAGUAUGGAUGCGAGGCUCUGUCCAGGCUCAUGCCAAAAGUGGUGCGGGUGCUGGAGAUCCUGGAGGUGAUGGUCAGUAGGAACAGCAUCAGCCCGGAGACAGAGGAGUUGAGGCUGGAACUGGACAAACUACGACUGGACCGGAUGGACCGGCUGGAGAAAGAGAAGAAACACAAGAAGGAGCUGGAGCUGGUAGAAGAUGUAUGGAGAGGGGAGGCCCAGGACCUGUUGUCUCAGAUCGCUCAGCUUCAGGAAGAGAACAAAACACUCCUUACGAACAUGUCCAUCAAAGACCCCAUGAGUGAAGAGGACCUGCAGAGGCACGAAGGUAUGUCGGAGCGGGAGCGCCAGGUGAUGAAGAAGCUGAAGGAGGUGGUGGACAAGCAGAGAGACGAGAUCCGAGCCAAAGACCGCGAGCUCACGCUCAAGAACGAGGACGUUGAGGCACUCCAGCAGCAGCAGUCUCGUCUGAUGAAGAUCAACCAUGACCUGCGCCACAAGAUCUCCGUGGUGGAAGCUCAGGGGAAAGCCCUCAUCGAACAGAAGGUGGAACUGGAGGCGGGAGCUCAGGCACGGGUACAGGAAAUGGGAGCACUUCGGCAGGAAGUAACACGUUUAAGGGAGCGCCUGCAAGGAGACACGCCUCAGGGUUUAGAGGAGCCUCCUCCCCAGCCCCCCUCCCCCGCACAGGAGGCGAUGUGUGAUGAGGACACACCUGCUCUGUUCCAACACUUUACCAAGGAGGCGCUAUGUGAUGAGGAGGGGGGAGGCCUGGACCAGAAGGAUCCCAACAGGCCCCGGUUCACACUGCAGGAGCUGAGAGACGUUCUGCACGAGAGAAACGAGCUCAAGGCCAAAGUGUUCAUGCUGCAGGAGGAGAUCGCCUACUACAAAAGUGAAGAGGCGGAGGAUGAGACCGGCCCCCCUACUCCUUCCCCUUCUCCCGAACAACUGAGGGCGCGGCCCCGACCCAACGCACAGCCCGAGUCAGGAAUCAAACGCCUGUUUAGCUUCUUCUCUCGCGACAAGAGGCGGAACUCCCAGCGGAAUGCACAGUUUGAAGACAGCUUCAGCUCGUGGGCGGGAAAGGAUGAGGUGUACACCGAACAGGCCCAGGAGGCUUUGCAGCACAUAUAGGGCACGUUCCUCUGACCGGGCAUUGUUGACGCCUGCCAGAUCUUACAACGCAAGGAUAGGUAUUUUAAGUAUCAGCUAACCACAUCACAUGUUAUAGCAAUCUGUCAGGCGAUUAAAUAGUCAAUGACGUGGCACGCAACCAUUGGUUGAUGCGUGCAACGUCUUACCAGGAGAACGUGACGUUGUAAUUGGACAGCGCUAUAUGAUGAGGUCACUCAGAACCAUCUCACUGUAAUGCCCCGCCCAUGCCCACCAUGUGAGCUGCAGCAGCACUUAAGGGACAGUUCGAAAUUUUACUGGGGUGGGGAGUUGGUCCAAAAUAGGGGAGGGUUGUCAAACAUAUUUUUUUGCUUUGGGGAGGGUUGUGUGAUUUUUUUAUAUUGGGCACAGGGGAGGGUGGUGUAUUUUUUCCCUGGUUUACAUUCCCCAUUUAGCAGGUUUUACUAUAUAAUGUCUUCCAUAUAGUCACAUUUCCACAUCUGUUUGCUUGCACCUCCCCUAUCAAGGUGUUUUAGUACUUCCCUUAUGCACUACACUUUUCUGCAUGAUUACUAUACAGUCGACUCUAUCCUGCCCUCUAUACAUAGUGACAAUAGUAGAUCUGCAAUAAGUUAACUAGCAAUCAUACCACAUAAUAUCUGCACCGAUUUUCAAUAUAAAUCCACAAGAACAAAAACGAAUAGCUGAUAGGCAGUAGAGACGCCAGGGUCAUCAUUGGGCAUGAAAGAACAGUCAAGACAUGAUAUAUGCAGCUCAAAAAGCUCUCCUAUUCAUCUUGUUUAGACCAAACACAUUUGAUCUACUAUAUAACUGAUUCCCCUCUUCACAGUUGUAAAAAUAGUCAAACGUUUAAUAAAAUAGUGACGAAUUUAAUUCAAAUGAAUCGAUUCUUUUAAAUGAUUAUUUUUUACUAACUGAGCGAUGUGCUUCGCCAGGUCGCAGUUGUAAAUGAGAACUUGUUCUCAACUGGCCUACCUGGUUAAAUAAAGGUUAAAUAAAAAAAUUGUACAGUAGUAGUUGGGGUUAAAUUGUGGUGAAUCGAAUCAUGAGAAUCAAAAUAAUAAUAUGAGAAUCGCAAAUAGUAGAAGGAAACAAUUUAGCUGUAGCCUUCCUUUCGAAUUGUGUCGAUGCAAAACUCUUUGUUGAUACUUUAAGUCGAUUUGGACAUUCAAUUUAUGGGAUGUUGUAACUCAAAAGAUGCUAGUAGUCAGCCUGAAUUACACACUUCUAAUGGGAAGACUAGAAAAUCCGCGGUGCAUGCUGAAACAGUCAUUUACAAUGCUGAAACAGUCAUUUACAACGUUUCCCCCGCAAACCUUCCAAUUAAAUGUUGACUGCAAAAGUAGGCCUACCUGGGCAGAAUGAUAUCAUGAAGAUUGGUAUCAAUCGGGUGCACAUUUGUUCUGCAUACUCUGCCAUCACAUGUGCAGUACAGAAACCUGACAGGAACCCUUCUUGUCUAACACAAAUGGACUGUGAGUGAAACUUAGCGGGGACAUUCUUUCAAUGGUGUUCUCCAACACCUGAAACCAAUAUAGUGGAUUAGGGGGGUACCCUGCCUGGGACUCAAACCCUGGUCCCUGUGACUGUCAUUCCAAACCCAUUAUACUGUCACAAUCCUCGCUGUAUGAGCCAUGAUACAAUUAAUACCAAGUGAGUUAACCCUAUUGGCACGAUGCAUAGGGUGUUUGCCUUUGACGCCAGUGACCGGGUUUCACUUCCUUGUCCUGUUGUUUGCUACAUUCGUGUCAAAAUUGGGAAUACAAAGAGGCUAAAAUCUCUUUUUUUGUAUUAAUGAAUACAACUUUAUUUUAAAUUUUUAAUAUGAAUAUAAUUUUUAUUCGCUGUCUCGCAUCAAAUUAAUCCAUUAUUCAGUUAAUUACAUGUGUAUGGCCUUGGGGACAAUACAUGAUCCUACCAAGACACCACAAUGCAAUGAUUUUAAGGUCUACAAAGGCACAGUACAAGGACAGUCUGGCUGUGUUUUUACUUCUGAUACUGAUGCGCUGUCUGUUGCAGAUCAUCAUUUUUCCCAGCAGGCCCACUUAUUCGGGAAAGCUUAAAGCGCGUUAUUCCUCGAACCUAACGCUUCAUUAUAGGCUAAAUAUUUGUCAUUUCAACUUUUAAAACGUAUUACAUGUUAUAUGUGGCAUAACCACAACCAGUCAACAAUGUUUUAAUCUGAUUAGUUUACUUCGAAAGUCUCCUGUAGGCUACCUGCGCACGUUCAUCCACUCCGCUCUAAUAUAAUUCCAGCAUCCAAACUGCAACGGACAUUCAAUCUGUUACAAAACCACAAAAAGGUUUCAUGACAUUCGGAGAUUGUCAAGCCAAGCGAUCGACACUGAGUAGGAAGGGGUGUAUUUUCAGUUUGUCAAGAUUUACAUACUCUAUUUGAUUUUGGUGUUGAAAACGCAAUCCAUGAUAAAACGCUCAAAGUCAGCAAACGGUAUGCAGUUAUUUGUUGCUUAUUGGUUGUGUGUGGUACAUUGGCAAGGACACGUUUUAGUCUAACAUGUGUUGCAUAUAUUUGAUAUAAUUAGAAAUAUAGCAUCAAAAUGUUGAAAAUCGGAUUUCCCCCUAGCUGAUCAUUGUCUGCAGCCGCCUCUGAUCGUAGUGUAAUGAGUCAGGCAGGGAGAAGAGUGAGCUUGUGAACCCUCAACCCUCUGGCCAUAGCCCUGCGUGGCAUCGACUGUGCCACAAAACAUGCUGAAUUGGUCAAGUCGAUAUCCAUGUUUAUAAACACAGGGUUGCUAUGGUGGUAAUCAUUUUUGAGUACAUUUUCUGUGUGUG